AUGGUGGCGCGCGAUAAAUUAGGUGCGAAGUGGCGCGAAGACGGCGAUAAGUGGCACCGCGCCGACAGCAGCCGCUGGUCGAUACCACCACCCACCACCCGCAACAACGAAACUACGCCGACAUUAAUGCACCAAGCUAUACUUGUAUUUUCUUGUGUUACACACGAGUGUCGUUUGUCUCCGCCGGUGGGAUGUCUUGCUAGAGAAUGUGAGAGGGAGACGUCGCGAUGCAAGCUGCGUAACUCGCGCAGAUGGCUUGGAGAGCCUCCCGCACCCGCGCCGCGCCCGCCGGCUACGUGUGAAGAGGUCACGUUCACAUAA